AUGUCCAGCCUCCAGGUGCUAUGCUCUGGCCUGCCACUGCGGCCCCUCCCGGAAAACCGGGGACGAUGGGCUGGGGUGCCCCAUGCACCCGUCAGGACCCCCGGCCUUAGCCCUGCGGAGGAGCAGCUCGCACUGAGGAAUGCCCUGCGCUACUUCCCCCCGGACGUCCAGGAGCUGCUGGCCCCUGAGUUUGCCCAGGAGCUGCGACUGUACGGGCAUAUCUACAUGUACCGGUUCUGCCCCAACAUUAAAAUGAGGGCCUACCCAAUCGAGCAGUACCCCUGCCGGACGAGGGCCGCUGCAGCCAUCAUGCACAUGAUCAUGAACAACCUGGACCCUGCCGUAGCCCAGUUUCCCCAGGAGCUCGUGACCUAUGGAGGAAAUGGGCAGGUGUUCAGCAACUGGGCUCAGUUCUGGCUGACGAUGUCCUACCUGUCACAGAUGACAGAGGAGCAGACCCUGGUCAUGUAUAGCGGACACCCUCUGGGCCUCUUCCCAAGCAGCCCCGGGGCCCCCAGGCUGGUCAUCACCAACGGGAUGGUCAUUCCCAACUACUCCUCCCGGACAGAGUAUGAGAAGCUCUUUGCUAUGGGAGUUACAAUGUACGGCCAGAUGACAGCAGGCAGCUACUGCUACAUCGGUCCCCAAGGCAUCGUCCAUGGCACAGUGCUCACCGUGUUGAAUGCCGGGCGACGGUACCUGGGGGUCAAGGACCUGGCUGGGAAGGUCUUUGUCACCUCUGGGCUGGGCGGAAUGAGUGGCGCUCAGGCCAAAGCCGCGGUCAUCGUGGGGUGCAUCGGCGUGAUAGCAGAGGUGGAUAAAGCCGCCCUCAUGAAACGCCACCAGCAAGGAUGGCUGAUGGAAGUGACCGACAGCUUGGACCGCUGCAUUGAAAGACUCAGGGAAGCAAGGAAAAGGAAGGAGGUGCUCAGCCUUGGUUACCAUGGCAAUGUAGUAGCUCUUUGGGAGCGGCUGGUCCACGAGUUGGACACGACGGGGGAGCUCUUGGUGGACCUGGGGUCAGACCAGACGUCCUGCCACAACCCGUUCAAUGGCGGUUACUACCCUGUGCAGCUGGGCUUUGCAGAGGCGCAGAGCCUCAUGGCCUCCGACCCGGCUGCAUUCAAGAGCCUGGUCCAGGAAAGCCUGAGGAGGCAAGUCUCAGCCAUCAACCGACUGGCCAAAGAGAACUUCUUCUUUUGGGACUAUGGCAAUGCCUUCCUGUUGGAGGCCCAGAGAGCAGGAGCUGACGUGGAGAAGAAAGGCGCCAACAAGACAGAAUUCCGCUACCCUUCGUACGUCCAGCACAUCAUGGGAGACAUAUUCUCCCAGGGAUUCGGGCCUUUCCGCUGGGUAUGCACGUCAGGGGACCCCCAGGACCUGGUGGUCACGGAUGAGCUGGCCACGUCUGUGCUGGAGGAAGCAAUUGCUGACGGAGUGAACCCGGCUGUGAAGCUGCAGUAUGUGGACAACAUCCGCUGGAUCCGGGAGGCCGCCAGGCACCGGCUGGUGGUGGGCUCCCAGGCGAGGAUCCUGUACUCAGACCAGAAAGGCCGUGUGGCCAUCGCUGUGGCCUUCAACCAAGCCAUCGCCCAUGGGAAAAUCAAGGCACCGGUGGUCCUGAGCCGGGACCACCAUGACGUGAGUGGCACAGACAGUCCCUUUAGGGAGACCUCCAAUAUUUACGAUGGUUCUGCCUUCUGUGCAGACAUGGCUGUGCAGAACUUCGUGGGAGAUGCCUUUCGAGGUGCCACCUGGGUCGCUCUUCAUAACGGCGGGGGUGUCGGCUGGGGUGAAGUGAUCAAUGGAGGAUUUGGCCUCGUGCUGGAUGGGACCCAGGAGGCUGAGCAGAAGGCCAGGAUGAUGCUCAGCUGGGACGUGUCCAAUGGGGUGGCUCGGCGCUGCUGGUCUGGGAACCAAAAGGCCUACGAGAUCAUCUGCCAGACGAUGCAGGACAACAAGGGCUUGGUGGUGACGCUCCCACAGGAGGUGGCAGAUGAGCGCAUGCUCCAGCAGGCCCUGCGGCUGUGA